AUGGGGUGGCCGCUGGCCGGGCUGCUGCUGGCGCUGCUCCCCUCCGCGCCCGCUCAGCCCCUCGCAGCGGGCACCGGGCGGGGCCCGGCCCGGCAGCCCUGCGCUCGGACGGCGGCUGGGGUUUUUGAACAUAAUCUGUGGCUUCAGAAAGAGAUGGGAUGCCUAGGAAUGGCAGCAGUGCCCUUGUCUGAGGCCAUUCAGGCCAGCAGAGCCCCUGCCCAGGUGCUGAGCUCGGCAGCCCCGGACGGCCCCUGGAGCCAUUCGCUGUUCGCCCUGAUCCCCUCCUGGAGCAAGAAGGUGCUGUUCAAACGGGAGUCUGACCUCAGCCGCCUCCCGCCUGAAGAUGUGUCCAAUAUGUCAGUGUCUUCUGAAUUUGGAAUAACCCUUCAGAAAUGUGGCAUGGUGGAUGUUGAACAUGACCCUCAAACUGCAUACAUUACACUUGUGAUUAAUAACACCAACACAUUGCUCUCAACAAACAUCACAGAUCUUAUCAUCAUGGACAACAUCACUGGUCUACAUGUUCAAAAAAACAGUGGGAAUAAGACCACAAAUGGCAUACAGAUUUACAGGAAAAGUUUCUUGCAAGGUGGAGAACACUUUGCAAUCAACUACUCUGCACUUCUUGAUUCAGAAGAAAUGUGGCACGGCAGGGUCCUGACACUGCCUGCGAAGCUAACUUUCAGUUCAUCACAGAAUAAAACACAUCUUGUAUCAUUGACAGCAUCACUUACCAUAACAGAAGAAGAAAAGACCAAGAUUUUAUACAGCCAUGCCAUUAGUGCUUCAGCAUUCUUCAUUGCUUUUUUCGUUUCCCUUGUGUUGACAUGUGCUGUCUUUUUCAUCAUUUACCGAACCCAAAUAUUAAAAUGGAGUUUCUGUUGUAAAAACCAGGAGACACAGCCUGAUCUAAGCCAAAAUCACAAACUGGAGCAUUCUCAAUUUAAUUCAGGUGAUCUCUUUAGUGAAGAUCUAAUUAUGAAUGACCAAAUCAUUGAUAUUCUGUCCUUUGAAGAACCUGGGAACAUGCAUCAGGCUUUAGAAGAUUUGGAGGUUGCCAGCCUGACACGGGCAGAUGCCGAUCUGGAGGCCAGUCGAACACAGAUCUGUAAGGAGGUGAUUGCUAUGAUGUUGAAGAACAUGGUCUUAAAUCACAGCCUCUUUCCUCAUGUGGAGAAGAAGAUAAGUUCAGUUUUCAAAAAGCAGUUUCUUGCAAUGGAGGAAGAGAUUCAAGAGGAGUAUGAAAGGAAGAUGGUGGCUUUAACAGCUGAAUGUAAUCUGGAAACUAGGAAGACAAUGGAGGCUCAAUGCCAGAAAGCACGAGCUGCAAGUGAAGAGGCUGAGGAGUUAAUGAAGAAAAUUAAUGAAAAGCCUGCUAUAGAAUGCAGAAGCCUUCUGGACAAACUUCACAGGCUGGAGCAGGACUGCCUGAAGAGGUUCCUUUUCGUAAAAAAGGAGGAAUAUUUUGCAAAGGCUUAUAGAGAGCUGGCUGUUACCCAAAGAAAGGAGCUCCAUACCAUCUUUUUUACACAAAUAAUAAAUGCCACUUCAAAGGGAGAACUGAAGGUGGAAGCAGCUAAAACAUUAGUUGAAGGUUACUCUAAAGUACAGGGUGACAUUGAAGAGCUAAUGGAUUUUUUGCAAGCUUGCAAGAAAUAUCAUCUGAGUAAAAGGUUUUCUUACAGAGAAUAUCUUAUAAGUAAGAUACAGUCAAGGGAUUCUCGUGUCUCUGCUCUUAUAAAUGCCGCAGCAGCCCAGAUACGGAGCCUCAUUAACAAAACAGAAAGAGCAGGUCAUCUACCUGAAAGUCAUUUGGGAAUCCUGCUGGAUCGAGCUGAGGCUGAAAUUAAUUUUCUUAAACAGAAAUUUGAUCAUGAUUUAAAACAAGAAAAGCAGAAGCUUUGCCAGAAACUCAUUACCAAGCGAAGGCAGGAAAUGCUGCAAAAGCAGAAAGAGCAUCAGAAGGAGCAUCUGUCACUUGGAGACCCCUUCAAAACUACUGAUGAGAUCUCUCACUACCUGAGACACUGGAAAAAUCUUCUGAGUGACCACACCAUUGAAUUUGAAGAACUUACUGAAAAGCUUGACAAUGAGGCCAGCGAAGAGCUGAAGGAGCUUCUAUUUAGCCUAGCAGAGAAAGCCAUUGAGGAGCUUAAACGUGUUCAGUGUGGAGUGGUUGUGCAAGAGCUGGUCAAGCUCAAUGUGCCAAAGUUGUUCCUACUAGAAGUUGUAGAGGAGCACAAAAAAGAGAUGGUGAUUAAACAUGCACAACUUGAAAGGGAAGAACAUGACAAGAGCAUGGCUGCUGAAGAGCUGCUUCAGCUCACCAGGCAGAAGCUAAGCCAAGAGCUGGAAACAGGCAUCUCAGAACAAAAGAAAAUAAGGAGCUGGGAACAGUCAAUAUUCAUGCAACUUCUAUGUUUACCCCUCUCACUCUCAGAAGAGGAGUUGCUUAGAAUGAGGCAAGAGUUGCACUGCUGCUUCUCCCAGGUGGACAGCAGCUUGGCUUGGCCCAAGAUAAGAGCAAGAACCUUGCUUCAGGCUUUUGAAGUGGAGCAGAGGGACACUGAGGUGCUGAAAGUUGAGCAGAAUUUAGCAGUGACCAAUGAACAGCAGCAUUCUAAAAUGGGAAAAACAGGAUCCAGGAAUAAACAUAAGUUAGAUAUUCUGAAGAAAUCUUUACAGGACAAAAUUUUAAUUUAUGAAGACUCAGUGAAAGGUGAAAAUUUGAAUAGGAUUAAGUAUGAGUUGCAGCUUGAGAAAGAAUGUCACCUGCGCAAUCUGGAAAAUAAACUUGGAGAGUACAGCGCUUCUUUAGCCUUUCAAAAGACUGUUAAAAAAUCCAAAAUGCUGGAGCUGUAUACUGCUAUCGUAAAUGUGCAAGCUUUUCUCUUUGAACAACUGAACACAUCAAAAACCCUGUCAAAGCUGGAAUGUAUUCAAAUUUUAGAAGCACAUAAUCCUGAGAUUGAAGAACUUGAAAAGAAGCUGGAGUAUGAGAUGUUGCAUAAGGAGUCAGUGCAGCAGCAUCUAAUGAGUAGGCAGAGGUGGAUUCUGGAUGGUUUGGGACUCUCAAAUGAAGUUGUGGACACAAAUGCAGAAAGACAUGUGACAGUUCUGUUAAGACAGGCCAUGAAUAAAUGUAAACAAUUUAUAAACCUGUACCAGCAAUGCUUGAGAGAUGAGCAAUGGAAUUGCGUGGUGCUUGAAGAUCUCCUGGAAAAUAUAGAAACGAAAGCGUUUUUGGCAAUUUAUAGUCAGGAGCUCCGUCUGGCAGGUUAUUUAGCUAAACUGACGAGGGUGCCAGUGGGGGUGUUGCACAGGGUCCUGAACUUGCUGCUACCAUCCAGCUCACAAAGUGAGGUUCUUUCUGUCCUUGAUUCCAUCAGUAAAUAUUCAGAUGGUGCUGUUGAAAGUGAAAGUAAUGCAGAUGAGUCUGGCAGCUGUAAGAAAAGGAAGAGCCAAGAGUUGUGGCAAGCGCUGGAGAGCAAAAUAAGGCAAGAUCUGAUAAACAGAAGUUUAGAAAAGAUCCCUUCUCUAAACAAGAGAAAAGGCAGUUUGAUAAAGAAGAAGCAACUUGCUGUCUUGGAAAAAGCAGUGUUCAUUCAUCUGGGAUGUUCAGGUGCAGACCCUCCUGUGGAACAGCCUCAUCCAAAUGGUCCACCAGCUUCUCUGAGCUCUGCAGCUGCUGAAGCCAUAGAGCUCUUUGACACAGGGGAGAAGGUACUUCUGUUCCGUGAACCAAGUGAUCCAAAACUUGCUUUGCAUAGUUUUCCAAGGAAAAAGAAGAAGAACUUUCUUAAUUCUAAAAAGGCUGCUCGUGCAAACGUGGAUUCACAAGAGCAACUUCCAUUUAGAGUAUCACUUAGGGAAGAGGAAGUUAUUUCAAAUUCAGGAAAAUGAUGAAGAAUGAAGUGUACAGUUCAAAUAACAUGUGUUGUUUUAAUCUGAUUUGUCUGAUAUUGGAAAUAGAUGUAAUUUUAGAAUGGCACAGUUGGUGAUGUGCAUCUUGCAUUUUUUAAUUCCUGUCAGUGCUUUGUUGUACUAGGUAAAUAUGGGUUUUCCAUGAUGCACAUUCUGACAGGCAGGACUCUGUGUUCCUUCACUACAUUUUGGUCAUUUUUGCACUGAUUUUACCAUAGUUGUAUUUUCAUAAUUUAUACAGAAAGGUUAUUUAUUGUAUAUAGUAGGUACUGAUUUACUAUUUUUGUAUUUAUAUUUUUGUGGUAAGCUGCAGUAUAGCAGAUGAGGUGAAGAGAUGUGGUAGAAGAACCACAUGUCCUCUGUUCUCUGAUUUUAUAUUAUUCUAGUUAAUUUACUGUUUAACAGUCUGUUCCUAAUAGGCUUUGCAUGUUACUUCUGCAGUCUGUGUUCUGCAAUGACAGCUGGUAGUCCAGAUCUUUAGCAUAUACUGUGUACUGAGCCUUUCAUCCUGGAGUAACUUCAGCGUUUCUCUGUUUCUAAACUUGCUUCUGUUGAACUGUGACUGUGGCUACAUUUCCAAACUGUUACAUAUUUACAACCUGUUGCAGUCUUGUCCUUGGUGAAGCAGUGUCAUCACAUUUGCUCAGCAGAAAAGUGAAAAAUGUAAAUGGGCAUGUAAUGCCUUCAGGAGCUCUUUUGAUUACAGUGCUGCCAAUUUUUGCAAUUUUAGAUAUUUUUUAAGUUUUUAUUCCUGAAUUUCUCUAAGUUGAUAAAAAUAUAAUUUUAUACUUCAGAAAGAGUUAAUUUUUAAACCUGUCUGGUUGACUUGAAGAGUCCAAUAAACAUGAAUCCCAAAAAGAGGAACAGGAAAAGCUAAUUAAAAUAACCACAUGUAAUUAUUAAUAUCUUAUAUUAUUCAAGCCUGUUUUGAAGGUGUUGUAACUGUAUUUGAAUGCUGUGCUCUGAGGCCACUGUGAUCACAUCUUUUCUGUUUUUUCUUGUACAGAUCUUCAGUGCCUUUUUAUUAAUAGGGUGCCAUAUUAUUUGAAAAUUAAAAUGUUAUACAUGUAUCUACAGUUGGCAUUUUUUUUCCCCCACUUCUCUGACAAGUUUAAAUAUUCGUUCCACAGAAGACAAUUAGUGUUUCCUAUCACUACUAGCAUUAGAAAUUGUAUGCAGUAAUUAGAAUGACAGUCUUAAUUAUUAUUUGAUUGCAUUCUUCAGGCUUUUCAUGGAAGUAUUUGCUGUCACAGGAAGAGGAGUCUGUCAGGGUUGUGGGAGUUCAAAGCUGCUGUUUUAACUGGGUCUGGUAUUUCAUCCCCAAGGCAUGAGUGGGUAAAGAGAAGGGUCUGUCCUGCCUUGGAAGUGGGCCAGAGCUGUACAGGAGGAGCCUCAGGUGUUUCAGAAAAGGCAAGAAAGCAAUUAAGCAAUUGGGAAACUUGGACAGCUCAUGGCUGCAAGGAGCACUUGAAAGCUGAAGUACCUUCUUGAAUGUCAGUCCCUUCAGGAUGUCUUUGCAAGCCCAAGCUCCUCACUGUUACAGUAUAAGAGGGAAAUGACAUUAACUCAUCACAGAUAUGACAUGGAGCCCAAUAGCUGUACUAGGUUACAAUAAUAAAAUGCAACAUCUGAAUAUUGAUUACAAUAUCAAUUUAUUAUCCUUAAUAAAUAAUCUAUCUGUCUAGCAAUAGAAACCUGAUUUGUAACUCUCUCACACCUCAUUACAUAUUUGAAGCAGUUCAGUGACUGUAACUUUGUAGCAGGGAAAGUCACUCCCUGCUAUGAGUCACUCUCAUAUCAUGCAGUACAUAUUCAAAGAAACAUCCAGAUCUUGACAUCUCUUGUGCCUUGUGAAAGUACUAACUAGGAAAUAGCCCACUUCAGUGAAGAGUUGGCUUGCAUUCAGCUUUGAGUCACACCAGAGGACAGAGGGCCAGCUGUUGAUUGUGCAGCUUUGUGUGUGUGCCACAGGUAUUGCUGUCCUUGUUUCACAGCUGAAGUCUCCCAAAGAAUGUGUGUGCUGGACAAGCCAUUCAAAUUCAUCCCAUUUGGUUUCACAGUCAUCAAUACAAGAAGUAAUAGAAGGCCAACUUCUUCAGUGUUUGAAACAUUGUCCAAAUCAGUUGUGUUCCCCUGGAAGUUCAUUGCUUCUCCUGUUGCCCUUGACAGUUCCCUGUGUACUCCCACAUCCAUUGCACUGUUCUCCCUCAACAUGAAGCCAUUGCACAAGGAGCCAAAGCAUACAAAGAACAAGCAAAUGUAACUGUCCUUGGUCAAUGAUUUAAUCCAUACAGUAAAUAACAACUUACUGGCCAUGGUAAAUUUUAUUGAAGAAAUUAUUCUCCAUGCUAGACAAAUAAACUGUAGCUUUGUUACGAUUUUUUCAACAUGUGCUUCAGUAAUGUCAGCUUGCAGCUAACAGCCCUUGUGCCCAGGGUUCAGGAUUUUCAGGAGGCUUAGUUAUGCCCAGGCUCUUCAGCAUUAACAACAACCCACUUUCUCCUCACCUUGCUGUAUUUUUUGCUUGGGAUACCUGGAUACUGGAUUAGCAUGCAAUACAUUUUCCCCACACUGUCAAGUUUUUAUUUAAAAGAAUACAUUUUGAAGGUUGGUGGUUUUUUUUAAUAAAAAGGAUCCCACAUGAUGAAAAAUAUUUCAGGAAAGAUGUACUAAAAAUGUCCAGCAGUGAUUGAGGUGAAAAUGCUUCUGUGAAACAAGUGGGUUGAGA